AUGGCUUUUUCAAAAAAUUCGUCUUUGAAAUUUUUUCAAUUUUUCUCUUUAUUAAGCUAUCUAGACGUUCCAAGGACCAAAUGUACUUAUGAAAGACGAAAUUUUGACGACAGGGUUGACGCUUCAGAAAGCAUAUAUAUUUUGAUAGGUCUUUUGUUGCCAUUUUAUCGGGCAAGCGGUGAAAUUUGGGGAAUGGCUAUACGGUUUGCGAGAUUCUCGAGUAUCAUGUGCAUAUAG